CUCGGUGGUUGAAUAUUAUUCCAGCUCUUUGAUUUUGAAAGAUAGUCCAAAGAGAACGCUGAGUAUGCAUAACCAAGACAGAGCUGAACUGAAAAGGUCAUUAUUCAAGUUCAUGUCCAAUGUGGAAGGACUUGAUGCUAUAAUUGUAACAGAUAGAGAUGGUGUGGUUAUGUUAAAAGUUGCUCAUGAAUCAGUACCAGAUCAAGUUACCAGACAUCAGUUUUUAUCAGUAUUUGGUUCUAUGAGUGAUCAGGCUAGUAAAUUAGGACUUGGAACCAACCAGAGAAUUAUUUCUUUAUAUGACAAUUAUCAGGUUGUACAGAUAAAUAAACAACCAUUAUUAGUGACAAUGGUAGGAAGUAGUGAAGCUAAUACAGGUGAAAUAUUGAAUUUAGAGAAAGAUUUAGAUAUGUUAUUUAAAGAUUUAUCCACAGUGAUACAGAUGACAUAAAUAACUAUGUAUAUUAAUGUAUUGUAUAUUAUGUAUAUAUUUAUAUGUAUAUUUGAAUAGUUCAGAUAACCUCAGAUGACCUUUUCCUUCAGUAUAAUUGAAACAAAAUUAAUUACUUAUUAAACUUUUUUUGUUAACUUGAAAGUUUGUUUUGAUAAACAUGUUUAUAGUAUUUUAUGCUGUUAACAAUGAUUUCUACCAUCUUAAAGAGCUCCACGUCAGCUGUCUGUGUCUCUUUUCAGAAAGGAUGUCAGAUUCUCAUUAUGAUAAAAAUUAUGAACAAAAAUUUAAGCUCUUAGUAAAAUAAGUGUGCUCAUUGAAAUGACUAUCCAUUUAAGUUAAGAAUUUAGUUGUAGCUUAUGACUCUAAUAUUGAAACUUUUACAGUAAUUAAUAUAAUUAUUUGCAGUCAAUGCUGUUAUGAAUAUGUUUGUUAUUGUUGAUAUUGUCAUGUAUCAUUUAUGUUUAUCUGAAAGAAUAAUGAAUACUCUACUCUGCUCUGUGUGUAUAUUUCUUAAUUGCACAGAAACUGUAGGUAAUAUUUCAUUGAAAAAUAUGUCAAUAUGCCUUUAUUGUUGAAUGGUAGAUAUAUAAUUGGAAACUAAGUAUAUUUAUGUAUUAUCUCUGUUCCAGCAAUAUUAUUAUAGUUUUAAUUCUUUGAUACUUUUAUUUUUUGUCUCAUGUAAACUUGUCUUGCAUCUGAUGUUAUUUUAAGAUAGAGGAUUUUUCCGAUGGGAGUUAAAAGUAGGACUAAUUAUAGUUUCUAUUGCAAAAAAAGUUAAAAAAAGGUGCAUUGUGUAGAGUGAUAAAAGUUCCAGUUGUCUUUGUUUUCCAAAUAUUACAAGGUACAUGUAUCUGAAUUGAAGAAAAAUUUCCUACAAUUUUGCAAAAUUGGUAGGUUUUGAACUUUUGAUCCAUGGUUGUACCUGUAUGUUUUUCAGAUGUAGCAAAUAUUGAUACUCUCGAUAUGUACUGUAUAAUAAUUAUCUGGGAGAGGGGCCUAUUGGCAAAAGUUUCAUUUUAUAUUCUGGUAUAACAAGAAAGAAAGGAGUCAAUUUUAUUGCACUUUGCAAAAUCAUGUAAUAAUGUUAGAAUUUUAAUUUUUUGUUAAAUAAAAAUUGAUAAACUUUGU